UCAUGACGAUAUCAUCACUGAUAACCUUUCACACCAGCAUUAUAUAGAGAGAUCUCGCUCCAACGAACAGCAGUCAUAUCCACAAACAACCUUCAAAGCAGCGUUGAAUUCGGUCAAGUAAAAUGCACACUCGAAUCGCUCUUCUGUUGGUUGUCGUACUGUUGAGCAGUUCUGUUGCGAAAUCAGUUCAUCGUCCGGCCAAGCAGUGUGACCCAAGCGUCUGCAAGCUUCCAAACUGCUUUUGCAGUGGGGAAGAGAUUCCUAACAAACUGGAGGCCAAGUCAAUCCCUCAAAUAGUAAUGUUGACCUUUGAUGAUGCUAUCAACGAACAGGUUUACUCAUUUUAUACUUCGUUGUUCAAUGGUGAGUUYAAGAACCCAAAUGGCUGCGAGAUAAAGUCAACRUUCUUCGUMUCUCAUGAGUGGACUGAUUACCAAAUGCUGCAGACAUUAUACCAUCAACGACAUGAGAUAGCAGAUCAUACCAUCUCUCAUCGUCUACCAAUCUCRUGGUGGAAGAACGCUACAGCACACCAGUGGAGUCAAGAGAUCAUGGGUCAGAGGGAGAUUCUGAGRAAAUUCGGAAAUGUUGCUGUGGAAGAUAUCAGGGGAUUUCGAGCWCCUUUUUUGCAAGGUGGGGGAGACAAMGAAUUCGGUGUUCUACAUGACAACAAGUUUCUUUACGAGUCAUCGAUGCCUGCGUACGAGGAGCAACACAGAAAUCCUCCAAUGUGGCCUUAUACUCUAGACUAUACCACAACAGAAGAGUGUACGAUUCCRCCAUGUCCAAAAGCCUCAUUUCCUGGACUUUGGGAAGUACCAUUGAUUGAUUACACUGGUCUCCAAGGAGCACUGUGCGCAAUGGUAGACGCGUGCAAACCAGAACCAACUACCCGUCAAGAAACAACACAAUUGAUUUACAGCAACUUUGAACGUCAUUAYAAUAGCAAUAGAGCUCCUUUCCCUAUGUUUAUGCACGCUGCUUGGUUUAACCCUGAAAGAUUGGAUGGUAUCAAAGAUUUCAUAAGGAAGGCUCUAUCACUCAACGACGUGUACUUUGUGACUAUCACACAAGCCAUUCGAUGGAUUCAGUCCCCAACGACCCUCGAUAAGAUCGAGGAMUUUAAGCCUUGGAAGUGCGACUCACCACCACCCCCUCCGGCAUGUACCAAAGCCGAGGAAAACGUCUGUCAUUACCCCGCACAGGGUUCUUUAUCCGAGCAYUGGCUUCAUAUGUGUACAAAACCAUGCCCCCCGCACUACCCGUGGGUGGGGAACCCUGAUGGUAACUAAUAGCAACCAAGUAUGGCUUAAGAAAUGGUCUUAAUGACCCAAUUAGUACAAAAUAGGUGCUUAAAUAUGUUAAUUGCUUCGUUUCCUAUUGUUUUACUGUUUUUCUAAAGUGCAAAGAAUAAAAUAUGAAUAAAAAUAUAAAUAGAAAAUAAAAUAUGAAAAAUAGCC